AACGUCAUUUCAUCAGUGAUAACAAAAAGGAAAUGUGCUAUCGCCUACUUUCUUAAAAUAUAACCUUUUAUUAUUAUAUUUUAUAAGUUAUUAAAUACUAGAGAUUCUUACUUUCGAACCCCUUACAGGUCUGUUUAAAUUUAUAGGUAACUAGAAAACCGUCAUGGUAAUAUCAGAGAGUCAGCCCCCAGUGGAAGGGGAUGCAACAAGCAAGAAAGCAGCCAAAAAAGCAGCAAAAGCUGCAGAAAAGCAACAAAAAAAGGCUGAGCACAAGGGGGCCACAACCCAGAAUGAGCCAGCUGAACCAGAUAUCUCAGAAGGGAAGUAUGGAGCCCUGAAAAUGAUACAGUCCAACGGAGAGAACAGAGACAGAGUGUAUGUUGAUGUAAAGGAUCUUCAUGUUGGCUUAGAGGGAAAGGAUGUGUGGGUUAGAGCGCGACUUCAAACAUCAAGAGGCAUUGGGAAGCAAUGCUUCGCUGUGCUUCGACAGAACUCGAGCACUGUUCAAUUAUUACUGAGAGUAAACGAACAAGUUAGUAAGCAGAUGGUCAAGUUUGUUGGAAACAUAACAAAAGAGUCGAUAGUAGACAUCCACGCGACGGUGGCGAAGACCGCAGCACCGGUGGAGUCCUGCACGGUGAAGCUCGUGGAGCUGAUAGGGCUCCAAGUGUGGGUCGUGUCGAGCGCGAAGCCCCAGCUGCCACUGCAGAUAGAGGAUGCAGCCCGACCGGAGACUGACGAUCCAGAAGGUCUCAAAAUUCGCGUAAACCAAGACACCCGCCUGGACAAUCGUGUGCUGGACCUACGUACUCCGGCCAACCAGGCGAUAUUCAGGCUCGAGGCGGGCGUUUGCAAACUGUUCAGAGACAUUUUGACUGACAGGGGUUUCGUCGAGAUCCACACGCCGAAGAUAAUCUCGGCGGCGUCGGAGGGCGGCGCCAACGUGUUCACGGUGUCGUACUUCAAGUCGUCCGCCUACCUCGCCCAGAGCCCGCAGCUCUACAAGCAGAUGGCCAUUGCCGCUGACUUCGAUAAGGUGUUCACAGUAGGUGCGGUGUUCCGAGCCGAAGACUCCAACACCCACCGCCACCUGACGGAGUUCGUGGGCCUGGACCUGGAGAUGUCGUUCAAGCACCACUACCACGAGGUGCUGGACACCAUCGGCCAGACCUUCACCGACAUCUUCCGCGGGCUGCAGGACCGGUACGCAUCAGAGAUAGCAACAGUGGGGCAGCAGUUCCGAGUGGAGCCCUUCAAGUUCCUCGACCCCCCACUCCGGCUGGAGUUCCCGCAGGCCAUCAGCAUGCUGAGGGAAGCCGGAGUGAGUGUGGGGGAGGAGGACGACCUGUCGACGCCGGACGAGAAGCUGCUGGGGCGGCUAGUGCGCGCCAAGUACGACACAGACUUCUACAUCCUGGACAAAUACCCGCUGGCCGUGCGACCCUUCUACACCAUGCCCGACCCCAACAACCCGAAAGCGUCCAACUCAUACGACAUGUUCAUGCGCGGCGAGGAGAUCCUGAGCGGCGCGCAGCGCAUCCACGACCCGGACUUCCUCACGCAGAGGGCGAAGCACCAUCAGAUCGACAUAAGCAAGAUCGCUGCCUACAUUGAAUCCUUCAGACUGGGUUGUCCUCCGCACGCAGGAGGCGGUAUCGGCAUGGAGCGCGUGGUGAUGCUGUACCUGGGGCUGGACAACAUCAGGAAGACGUCCAUGUUCCCGCGGGACCCCAAGCGGGUCACGCCCUAACCGCACCAGUGCUGUGUUUUAUACUGUACCAAAUGUUUAUAAUAAAGUGUAUUUAAACCUUU